GGAAUUCGUUGCAUUUUAAACACCGAUGAUAGUUUUGAGAACACCACAUAGCAACUUGUAAACAAGAUGGCGAAGUUUGUCAUAGCUGGUCGUGAUGAUUGUCCAUAUUAUGCUAAAGCUGAGCUCCUCGGCGACAGACUUAAUAAAAAUCUACCUGAUUUUAACUUACACAAAAUAGUGAAAACUAAAUCGGAAUGGGAGACUUGGUUGUCUGAUACUUGUUCAGAAAGAGGCUGGACUGCAAAUAAAUCUCCUUUAGUAUGGAGAGAAUUAUUGGAUCGGGGUGGAAAAGGGGUCCUGAUUGGUGGAGCUAAUGAGUUUCAGGAGUAUGUUAAUGGUUACUAUGGAAUCCAGUCAAGUAUGGUUAGUGAUGAUAUGAGAAAAAUUGCUGAAGAAAAUAGUCGAGUAAAGGCUGAGGUGGAUGCAGAAGAGGCAGCAUUUAAAGCUCAAAGUAAACCAUUACAUAUCUGUCUUUCUAAUGCGAAUAAUCCCAUUUGUUAUCAAAUGAUUAAAGAUUUGGCAUCUGGAGAAGCAUUUGGUUCAUCUAAUGAAAUAACUUUACGCCUACUAGAUGAAAAUGAAGAAAAUGCAGAGUCAUUAUCCGGUUUAAAAAUGGAAGCAGAAGAUUUGAAUGAAAAUCUUUUAAGAGAUGUCAUGGUAACUUCAGAUCCAUGUGAAGCAUUUAAAGAUUGUAGUACAAUUUUACUCAUUGAUGAUUUACAGAAGAAAGAGGAUGAAACUCAACAGGACUGGUUGAAAAGAAAUGUUGAACUUUAUGUGAAAUAUGCCAAAAUAAUCAAUGAGGUGGCAAAGAAAAAUGUCAAAGUAAUGUUGGCUGGCAAUGGGCCUGUUAAUUUGUGUGCAACAAUGAUGAUUCGAAAUGCUCCAAAUAUUCCUCGACAGAACAUAGUAGCCAUGUCGAGAAUGGUAGAAAAUUAUGCGAAGUCAGUGAUUGGAGGAAAAUUAAACCUUAAUACAUCAUGUGUUUUAGAUUUACUCGUCUGGGGAAAUAUCAAUGGUGUGAAAUACGUGGAUGUGUCCCAAUGCAAAGUGACAAAUUAUGAUGGUGCCAUUUGGGGCCCACCAUCUUUUACCCUUCCAGCGGUAGAAUUGAUUCAUGACAGUAAAUGGAUUGAAGGAGGAUAUUUAGAAUUGUUAGAUAAAAGAAAAGACACCGUGACAGAAUCAUUACAUCAUCCUCCAGCAGUUGCCUUUGCAUCUGCUGUUAUUUCUAUGUUGAAUCACUGGUGGCACGGAUCUCCACAAGGACAGCUGUUUUCAUUGGGUGUUUAUUCUGAUGGAUGGUAUGGUGUACCAGAAGGUUUAGUAUUUUCCUAUCCUGUAACUAUGCAUCCUAAAGGUUAUUGGAAUGUGGUACAAGAUGUUAAUAUACCUGAUGAAGUCAAAGAAAAACUACAAAAGGCUGUUAAUGAUAUACAAGGUGAAAUAGAUUUAUUGACAGCCACACCACCACCACCACCACCACCACAGAUGGCAGAAAGUGAAACACAGGCAGGAGAAUCUGUUCUAACAGAAGCUGAUUCUGAUGGAGAAAAGAAAGUGUUUGGAUUAGCACUUGAACAAGAAAAUAAUGAUACAGAUAAUAUUGAAGAAAAUAUGGAGGAAAUUAAAGUAGAGACAGAAAAUGUAGAUGAAAAGAAAGAAGAAAGCGCAGAACUGGUUGAAAAUGAGAAUCUAGAUGAAAAGAAAGAAGAAAGCGCAGAAAGGGUUGAAAAUGAGAAUCUAGAUGAAAAGAAAGAAGAAAGCGCAGAACAGGUUGAAAAUGAGAAUCUAGAUGAAAAGAAAGAAGAAACUAAGACCACAGAGGUUGAAAAUGAAAAUGUUGAUGUUUAAUCUUAAUAUUGAUCCAUAUAAAUAGUUAUCAUAAACAAAUCAUAACUGUAAAAAGAUGGUUCACCAGUUUCUAUAUUCUAAUAACUAAAACAUAUCUACUCAACAACUUCUACCCUUAAUUAAUGUAUGUGUUAGUGAGUGACGUCAUCACUGCCAAUAGAUCUGUCACUGCAGAGUCUCUGAGGUCAUGAAUGUAAAUGGUCAAUUUUGUUUGUUAGUGCUCCUAGAUUACUGCUAAUUGUAGAUUAAUGUUAUCUAAUGUACAAUUGUGUCUUAAUGUUUUUUAAUGUACAAUUGUCAGUUCUGAAGGCAUCAUUGACAAUCAUUAAUAAUUAUUUAGGGUGGUGUCUGCAGCAUAGGGUCUGGAAAUAUUUUCGGGUAGUAGCCAUUGAUAUCUAGCUAUUGUGAGAAUAGAGAUACAGGUGUACCAUCUCCUUUAAAGAUGCUCAGUCAAAAUCAAAGAUAUUUAUUGGAUACUCUUUGAAUUUGUACUGUAAAAUGAGCCAUCAUUUGACAAUGUUGGGUAAAUCAUAUUAAAGGCCCAGUACUUUAAUAUUUGUAGAUGUCAACUUACACAUAGUUCUUUUCUGGUAGAAUGUUUUGUGAAUUAGAAUAUAUGAUAUGUACAAACACACAUUGCCUGGGGGGAAAUGUCUUGUCACAGUGCAAAUAUAUCAUUCUGAAUAGCUCUAUUCUGUCAGAAUUUAAUUUAUAAAGAUGUCAUUAAUAUGAAUUUGUUUAUAUAAAAUAUUUAAUAUUGUAUUACAUUGUAAAACUGUGAUAUUUUGUUACCUGGAAUAUGAAAUAUUUGUAUUGUGAUUUUAAAUAUACAAACUGUUUUAUUUUUAA